GAGGGGAGCGCCAGUGAGCAGGAAUUGACUGUUGGCGUGGAUAUGAGAGGAAGUUAGAUGUGUUAAGCUGGUAGUCACCCGGUGUACAGGCCGCUGUACAACAGCAUCCAUCUGAGCGGGACUGCCCGACCGGCCCAGUGGCUCCUGUCGCUAACUAACUGGCUAGCUAGCUAGCUAACAUCAACCCGCUAACUUCACCAGUUUAAGGCGGCGUAAGGGACGAACCUUGUGGGGAAAACGGGGCCUCCGGCUAGCACGACUCGGUUUACAGCUGCGCUGGAGAGCUUAACACCCGGGUUUAUUUUCCGGAGCAACAUCCUGCUGAGAUGGACAACCUAAGUGAGGCCUUGGAGAAGCUGAAGCUAGCGUCUACAGACAGUGCCACUGACAGCGUGGAGAGCUGCCUGGACUGCCUGCUGAAAGCACUCGUCAACAACAACACCGAAGCCAGUGUGAAGAUCCAGGAGAUGGGCAUUCUUCCCCUGCUACCCACCCUGCUAAACCCCCAGUCUUCCUGCACCCCUAAAGUAGCCAACAUCAUAGCUGAGAUGGCCAAAAAUGAGUUCAUGCGGAGUCCCUGUGUUGAAGCCGGCCUCAUCCCUCCUCUAAUUCAGCUGUUAAACUCCACCGACCAGGAGGUUUUACUGCAGACUGGCCGAGCUCUUGGCAACAUCUGUUAUGACAGCCAUGAGGGCAGGAGUGCAGUUGACCUGGCAGGAGGGGCUCAGAUAGUAGCUGAACACAUUAAAUCCCUCUCCCAAAAUACUGAGCCGGAAAAUGAGAAGCUCUUGACUGUCUUUUGUGGCAUGCUGAUGAACUAUAGCAAUGAUAAUGAUUCUUUACAAGCCCAGCUGAUCAACAUGGGUGUGAUUCCCACUCUGGUGAAGCUGCUAGGCGUCCAUUCCCACAACACAGCCUUGACAGAAAUGUGUCUAAUUGCCUUUGGGAAUUUGGCUGAGCUUGAGUCCAGCAAAGAGCAGUUUGCCUCCACCAAUAUUGCUGAGGAGCUGGUUCGUCUUUUCCAGAAGCAGUCGGAGCACGAGAAGAAGGAAAUGAUUUUUGAGGUUCUGGCUCCACUUGCAGAAAAUGAUGUGAUAAAGCUGCAGCUGGUGGAGGCCGGCUUGGUGGAGUGUCUCCUGGAGGUGGUGGGUCAGACUGUAGAUGGAGAGAGAGAGGAGGACAUCGCCCAGCUCAAGACUGCCUCUGACCUCAUGGUUCUCCUUCUGCUGGGAGAUGAGUCCAUGCAGAAGCUGUUUGAGGGAGGAAAGGGCAGUGUCUUCCAGAGGGUCCUGUCCUGGAUACCGUCUCAUAACCAUCAGCUGCAGCUUGCUGGGGCACUGGCCAUCGCUAAUUUUGCUCGCAACGAUGGGAACUGCAUCCACAUGGUGGACACUGGGAUUGUGCAGAAACUUCUGGAACUGUUGGACCGGCACGUUGAGGAAGGCAACGUGACUGUUCAACAUGCAGCACUGAGUGCCCUGCGGAACCUGGCCAUACCUGUGGUAAACAAAUCCAAGAUGCUGUCAGCUGGAGUAGCGGACGUGGUGUUGAAGUUUUUGCAGUCAGAGAUGCCACCAGUCCAGUUUAAACUCCUGGGGACAUUACGUAUGCUCAUCGAUACACAAGCUGAAGCCGCAGACCAGCUGGGAACCAAUGGGAAACUGGUGGAGAGGCUAGUGGAGUGGUGUGAAGCCAAAGAUCACGCGGGAGUGAUGGGCGAGUCCAACAGGCUCCUGUCGGCCCUCAUUCGACACAGCAAGUCCAAGGAAGUCGUCAAAACGGUAAUCCAGGGAGGAGGCGUCAAGCACUUAGUUACCAUGGCAACUAGUGAGCACAUGAUCAUGCAGAAUGAAGCACUGGUGGCCUUGGGUCUUAUAGCGGCUCUGGAUUUGGUUGCAGCUGAGAAGGACUUUGUUGGAGCCCACCUGGUGUCAGUGCUUCACAAGCUGCUGUCAGAUGAGAGGAGUGCGCCAGAGAUCAAGUACAACUCUAUGAUCCUCAUCUGUGCAGUCAUGGGCUCAGAACCUCUCCACAAAGAAGUCCAGAGCCUGGCGUUUAUUGAUGUGGUGUCCAAGCUGAGGGCUCACGAAAACAAAACGGUAUCACACCAGGCGUCGCUCACGGAGCAGCGAUUAACUGCCCAGAGCUAAAUGACUGUGUUCAACCCCAACCACAUCCAUCCACCCUGCCUGAACACCUAAUCACCCAAUGACUCCUCAUGACUGCUCUCCCCUGUGCCCCAUCGUCACGUGCCAAGGUACCAUGUCUCGUUAACUGCCAGCCAGACAUACAGUCGUGUCUCUGCCCCUGACCCUCCGCCCUGCCCUCCGCCCUGCCCUCCUCCACUAGGGUUAGACUGAUGCCGAUUUGGAUUACUUAAAUAUACAAAUCCUAAAAGAGUUUGCCCAGAAUUUGAUACUUGACAGUGGGGGAAAGCCUCUGAAACCGUUUUUAGUCUACUGUGGACACCAGAACUCUCCUCUGAAAGCCAUAAUAAUGAGAUUUAUUUAGGUGGGUUAGCAGGUCCUUAGGCAGGGUGAGACAGGUUGCAUUUCAGGCUUUACAGACUAACACCCCUUAAAUGUUCUCGAGGUAGUCACUGUUGACUUACUCGUCUAUCUAUUAUUUUUAUUUGAAAUAAACUGAUACAUCAGUCUAACCCUGGUCCCCACAUCUACUUGUGCAUGCAUCUUCUGCUACAAGUAGCUCCACAGGAGCUGAGGCACCAUAAACAGCCUAACGCAAUAGAUAAGAGACAACACUCUUCUACGACCAUAGCUGUGAUGCCAUCCGCCGGUAAUCCACCAGAGAAAAAUGUGCACAAAAGAACAAAAAAAAACCCCUCUCCCUAUUGUGGUUUUUCUUUCAUUUUGAAGAAAAGCAGCCAUCCAUGAUGUGCCCAGUCGUGUCCCAUGUAGCUAAAGUAUAAAUUGACUAGAAACUGUGCAUGUUUUAGUCCUGAAGGUGUGACGGUGUUCAUUUCACCUCUCCACCGCUCCUCUCAUACUCCAAAGUACAGCCUGCCCUUCCUCCACUGACACCUCUAGUCUUGUACACUCCUUUUUUUGCAACGGUUCUUUAAGACUUGGAUCUAGAGAUUUUAUGAGAUUUUUAAUUCUACAGUUGUCCAAACACAUUCCCCCUGCUCCAACAGCUGUACAGUGACGUUAGAGGCCCCACAAGUCUCCACCCCAUCGCUGAAAGAGAAUCAUGUAAGAAGCAGGUGAGGCAAACACAGAGAACAGGGCUGUAGUCAAGUCUCCCUUUGUUAGUCGAGUCAAGUUCAGCUCCAAGACUGAACACAGCAAGUCAGGACCACAAUACGGAACUGAUAGUGUGUCUGUCCCUGUGCAAAUAUACUGCAAUGCUUAAUGCUGAUUGUUGGAAAUACAAACUAAUCAUAUGGUAGGCUAUCUCCUUGGUGACCUAUAGGGUGGGAAAAACAAUGUCAGGGGGGUGCAAAGUAAAACAAAAGUGUGAUUUAGUAUGAACAAGAAAGGUCUCCUCCAUUCAAGUCAAUACAAAACAUGUAAAAUCAAAGAUGGCGGAGAUGUCUUUUUCGCAAAAUCAUUGAUUUCAAAUGAAAUGAAGGAGACUUUUCUUGGUCAGACAAAAUCAUGUUUGCGAUCACGUUUUGUGACUUUGCACCCUCCUUAUAGUUGCUAAGAAGAUUGCCUAUUUAACAUCAAUUUAGUCAAUGCAGAAUAUACAUAUAAAUAUCUUGUUUGUAGCACUGCGCUACAAGAUAAAAAAUGUAUCCAAAAUAUUUUUGGAUGGAGGAAACGGUGGAGUAAGCUAUGAAGAGCAGCCACGAAGAAGACACGCGUUAAAGUCAAAAUAGGCAGAGACUAAGAAGUCAGUACUGAAGUACUACAGCUUAGGUUCAACAUUCACUCCGUGAUCUGUUCUAACCAUAGACUGUAUAUAAAGCAUAAACCCCCCCCUCCAUGUUAGCAGCCAAACUUAAAAAACAAUCAGUUUGUACAGUGGUGGGAGGAAGCAUCUUUAAAUACAGUCUGCGGUUGUAACACACACUAGUGCCCCCAAAAAUCACAAAACUAAUUUUACAGUACGAAAUAAAGCUGACACCUCUCCUACGCGUGUGUACAGUUUCUGUGUGUGUGUUGUGAAUGCGCUGCUUGGGAUCUGCAGCGUGGAGCAGCGUGGAUCUUGUUGAGGACGGUAACUGACUGCAGACACUGAACUGUCGCUGUAUAUGUGCUGUUUAAAUCCCCAACCGGCACCACCCCCUCCAGAGGACAGGUCUCUCUUUAUGUACAUGGACAGUUGGUUCUUCUACUCUAAGAAAUAUCUGCUAACGUGCACAUCUCAGCAUGUCCGACACUGUACCGACACUCUGUUAACAUGCCACGGUGUGUUUGCUGGUCUGGGCCCACGCUUUUUUUUAAAAGGUAUGAAUGGUUAUUUAUCAGAUUUGUGCUCUUCUAAAGACACAUGCCAGUGAAGAUGUAUCCAUAGUAACUGCGUAAAAUACUAUAAACUUAAAUGUUUGUUGUAAAUGUCAUGAGUUGUACAUUUGGAGGAUUGUAACUCAGCAGAUAAUUAAAAGAUGAUAGCUGGUGA